CUACUCAAUUUCUUUUUUUCACUCAAAGUUAACAGUUCUGAUUAAGUAAACUAAUUUAUUCAUGGAUAUGAAUCUUUUUGGUAUAAUCUUAAUCUUCAGUCGAUUAAAUCCUUUCCUAAUCGCACGCGUGGCCAAGAUUUGCCCCAAAAAAAACAAGAUUUGUCCAAGAGAAAUCAGUUGAAUGUCUCUGCGCUAAUAUUUUCUUUCUACUCAACCACUCCCUCCAUUCAUUGCUAUUCUUUUCUUUUAUUGUGAUUUUUCUUUAUUAUAAUAUCAUAAUUUUCCCCCUUUUGUGACUAUAUAUUGAUGGAAUAUAUUUCAUUAUAGUAGUGCUUCUGGGGUCCUUCAUCUUUUCUCUGUUGGCAAGUUCCUCUGCAUCCGCCCUUUAAAUAAUAUAAUUCUUUUUUGUCGCUUGUUAACGAGCUUCUGCAUAUGUUUUUCUGCUUUGAUCAUGCUAAUCAGUAUAUGUUUCUAUUUUAUUUGUGUUGAAAUUUAUGCUUGUUUAUGAUUUCUUUGCUCAUUAGCUUUCUGUGUGUGUGUGUGUGUGUGUGUGUGAGAGAGAGAGAGAGAGAGAGAGAGAUUUUAUUUGUGCUACUGUCUUCUAGUGUGAUAAAUUUGUGUUCUUGAUGAAAUGAUGCAAUGAAUAUGAUAUGAUGAUUGACUUGAUAAAUUCUUGCUGGGAAUUCGGUUUAGUGAAGGUUGAAAAAGAACCCUUAUUUGAACCUUAGAAAUUGUUGGUAGUGUUAUUUACAGAGAAAAAUAUGAUUUUAGGUGGUGACUAUAUAAGUUGAAUUACAUGAAACUAUAUAUAGUUAAUUUGUUUGGUGUCUGUUUGGGGGGAAAUUACUGCCUCUGUUUUGGUAAUACUUUAAUUCUUGAAUUGCAUUCUUCUAUACUGUUGUUCUUGCCUUGAGGCUUUUGAAUCCGAGCUAAGGAAGGCGGCUUCUUAUUUCGGCUUCUGUAUGAGGCCUUUUCCAAUAUGAUGCUUGAAAAAGGAGAAUGAUAUUUGAUCCUUUGUUUCUAUGGUGUAAGCUGUUUUUUUACAUGUGUGUUGAUGUAUCCUUGAUUCAACGGAAGUGAACUUUUGGCUGUUGAUUCAUGAUACUUCAUGCCACACGAUGUUGAGGGAUCGUUUUCUUGCUACACUUGAUGCUUGCACCUUAAACUGUUAUCAUCAUCAUUUUUCAAAGUGACCAAUUUGAACUCUAUGGUUUCAAGCCCUGCUGUUCUUUUCGCCCGUUGAUCAAACUUUACUCGUUGAAUAUUCGAUUUCAGUUACCAGAGUGUUUAUGUUUUUGCAGCAGUAAGAAUAGUGAUACAUUUGCAGGAAAAUUGGCUGAAAUCUUUGAUGGUUUACAUAAUUUGUCUAGGUUGAGUUUACCGUGGGAAAUUCUCUACGUACAACUUUUGAUUCGUCACAAAGAUUUAGAUAAAUCGUGUUGUCUUGCUACAGUUUGCUAAGAUAUGCACACUGCAUUACUCUUUCCAUUGGUUGAUUGAGUAUUUCUGCGUUCUUGCAGAUAUGUAGUGACCUUAUCCUGAAACAUCGCUAUGGAUUUCAAAGGUAUAACGUGGGCAGGAGACGUAUACGAGAAGUUUGAGGCUAUGUGUUUGGAGGUAGAGGAGGCCAUGUACGAGGAUACCGUCAAGUACGUGGAAAACCAGGCGCAAAAAGUUGGUGUGAGUGUGAAGAAGCUCUAUGCAGAAGUAAUGCAAGAUUUGCUUCCUCCAUCUUGUAUAGGCCCCUUCAAAGUGGCUGCUGCUGCGGCAGAGUUGCCACCGGAACCUUACACCCUAACUGAUAUCGACGAGAAGCCAAAGCCGACCUGUGGAGAGCUUAACAGUGAACAAGCUGGAGUUGAAGAUAUUUGCAAUUUAACUGCUGAAGACUCAACCCUAUGUGUUUGUAACGAUGCAAAACAUCGUUCUCCUCGAAUUUUUGUUGGAAAUGCACGGUCUGGUUUAACCAGACAGUCAAUUGGCAUAAAAAGAGUUUCUCAUCCUCCAAAACCAUCUCGUGCCACUCUGUGCGACACAAGAAGCAAUUUACCGGGGGCCAGUGAUGGUCCUAGCGAAGCAGUGGCUGAAAAGAGACCUAUUUGUGAUGCUUCAGCCGAGUCCUGUAAUUCAGACCAAAUUCUAUUGACCGAAUCUGUGAAGCAGGAGAGGAACGGCUCUGAAUGCGCCUGCCCGGCUCCUGAUGAUGCAAUGGAACGCAACUCAUCCUCUCAUGGUUUGCCGCCUGCACCUACUGAUGCGUUCAGGAGAGACGGCUCAAUUUCUCGAAUACAUUCAAACAUUACAGAUACACGUGAAGUUGGAUCAUUGGGCGAGGGCGCUACUGCAUCUUACGAAGAUCACUUUGUAAUCGAGCCUGAUAACGUGCUCGAGCCUAUUGAGAAGUCGGAGUUGGAGGAAAGCUGCAUCUUGGUGGAAGGAGACGAGCUUCGUUUUGUUUCCCGAGGGUCGAAGAAACAUAAGUCAUACAAGAAGAAGAUCUACGACGUGCUUUCAUCGAAGUUGAGGCCGACGAAGAAGCAAGAUCCACGGGUCUCCGACCAUGAAGAUUUGCGCGAUGCAGGGGUGACGAGUUCAGCUCUUGCAAUGGACCGUGACGAAAGAAAACUGCCUGCUCACAGUUCUUGCGACUUUGGUUGGGAGCUUCUGUAGAUACGCUUCCGGGCUGCAACAGAAUCCGGCGACUCCCGGCCUCCUCCGGGGGCGGGGCAGGUGAUCGUUUUAUCGGUUGUGGCUCAGAUAAGCUUCCCUUACACAAACACUAGAGUUGGAUGUAGCAAGUAGAAAAUGAGGCAUUGAUUCAGUUAAUAAUGUAAAGCAAUGUGCAUAUAUUACUUGCUUAUCAUAAGGGCAAAGCAAAACAUCUUGCUUUGCCAGAAUUUAAGACCCUUUAAUGGGAUAGUAUAGUAGUAUAAGAUUUGAUGUGUGAAUACUGUGUCUUUUGUUAUAUACUCCAAGGUAAGUUUUAGGGUACAAAUCCUUUUUAAAAUAUAAAUUACUAAUCCGUGACUUUUUUAUGGAAUA